AUGAUAUUGAAGAAUAUAUUUGUUUUGGUGAUUAUCGCGAUUUCAACAUUAAGGGCAAAUGCUCAAUAUCCAGUUCCUAUUCCGCCAGGCGGUCGUAUGGCAGUUCAUGGUUGGCUCAUACUUCCGUGGAAUACAAAUGCAACUGAGGGUCCUAUUCAAGCAUGGUUUUCUCAUCAUGUACCUGAAUUUGGAGCCGAUUCUCCACAUAACUUUCAAAUCGUUCUCAAUGGUCUACUAACUCCAUUGUCUUGCUUUAAUACAGAACCUGUCGCACAACCUAUUCCAAUACCUUAUCCUCCUCGAGAUCCUCUCAUUCAAUAUGAAUAUACAAUUACGCCUCCACCUGAAUUUUCAUUAAACGAUCUUUUAUUGCAAACAUUAACUGAAUUAAAGGGUUCAAUUUAUAAUGGUUCAUUUGAUACACCUUAUGAACGUAUUCCAAUUGCUCUAGGUACAUUAACAGUUCGAGAAUUAACUACAGCUGUUUAUCUAAAUGAAUCUACAUCAGUUCCAUCGUAUCCUGAUUUACGCUAUCUUUCGUAUCCACGGGAUAUGUCAUCAUCGGGUGAUACAAAACCCUUUCAACAUAUGUAUUUCGCACAUGAAAUUCAUUCAGUACCUGAUUUCGAUCAUAUUAUUCAUGUUUCUAUCGAUACAACUCAGUGUCAUUGUGAGAAAAAUUUUCCUUUAUUAUGUAACAGUGAAAACAUUUUACAACAAAUUCGUACGCCUGGUGUUGAAUGGUCAUUUCCAACAUUAACGAACGAUUUACAAAAUCGUCUGUUGCCUCCUACGGUUAUCAAAGGUCGAAUAACAAGUGGACCUGUUCUUUGUCCAAUCACUGUUCUCGAAUCCAUACACUGUAUGAUUGGACCAGAUUUCAAUCAUAAAUGUUAA